AGAGUUAGUUGGGCGGGGCUGAGGGCGAGACAAUCAGGUGUUGGGGGUCUCUGACUGACUCAGAGCUGGACCACGUCCCGGGUUUUAUUUUUUUAAUUUGGGACCAUUUUUUCGGGGGAGGGGCCCCUUUUGAGCAGCCGUGAUGAGCGAGUUCGUGUGGGGGCUGAAGAACGGCGACCUCGACCAGGUGAUGGAGGCUGUGGAGAAGAAAGGAACCGAUGUCAAUCUUGCAAUAGAGGGUCGCCCACCACUGUGCCUAGCCUCUGACUAUGGCCAGUUAGACAUCAUUAAAUAUCUACUUGAGAAAGGAGCAAAUGUAGAGUCGACAGACAAGCAUGGAAUCACAGCCCUAUUAGCAGCCAUCUGGGAAGGCCACACGCAAUGCGUUAAAGUGCUCCUUGAGGCAGGAGCUGACAAAAAUGGAACUGCACCAGAUGGCACGAGUUACUUGGAUGCUGCCGAGAAAGAUGAGAUCAAGGCCUUGCUGAGAUAAAGCCCGUCUUGUAAUAGGUGUUGUGGGCAGGUGAGGGCUGGUGUACACAUUGGCAAAUUGCCAGAUAGGCUGAGAAGAAGAGCUCUUUCCAACUUGAGCAUGUGUGAUGAGUGUCUUCUUGCAGUCCCAGUGUCUCCCCAACCAUGUGAGGGCCGGGACGCACGAGUGACGAAUUGCCAGAUUUGACAGAAAAAAAAGCUUAUUCUAGUUUGAGUAUAUGUGCUGGGGGUAUGUUUUUACAGUCCUAGGUGUUUCCCUAACACUAUUGAUUGUGAUGUCAGAGCCGAUGAUUGGAUUUCUAGCGAUACACAUAUGGCAGCAGAGUCGAGGGUCGUCGAAUUUUAUAUGCUGGAUGCUAUCAGAUGCUUUUAAUAAUUCCUAACAUUAUUGCUACACUUUGUAAGUACAUUUGAUCAGAAGCCAUUGGAACUUGUGUGUUUUAAGUUUUCAUAAUGCCGGGGGUGCCCAAUUUGGAAUUUGAGUAGAAAACUUUAAAUUGCCAGGUCAUAGGGAUGUUAAUAUUAAGGUAGGUCCAAAUCAGUUUUAGUAGAAUGGAAGUGUCUAAUUUAAUACUGAUGCAUUUAACCAGCAAUCUUGCAUCCAACAUUAGAUCUUUGUGCUCAGUUAGUAUGUAUUAUCUAUCUCACCAUAGGGGAAAGAAAUUCAGUUCUUGGGUUUAAUGCACUGCCGUCCAGAAAUAUGUUUUUGAGAUCAAGAAAAUUAGGAGGGAGGGAAUUAUCAGGGGGAAAGUGCUAAGCCAUUACGACUAUAUAGCACUUGGAAAGGGUCAGGAUCAGGAUUUGGGAUGGGACGGGGAGGGGGGAGGAAUGGUGCCCAACCACUUGGACGGUCGGGGAUUGAAUGCCGACCUGCAUGAAGCGAGACCGUCGCUCUACCGUCCAGCCCAAGUGGUUGGAAUUAGCAAAGGAAUAGUUCUUAAAUCAUAAAAUACCACAAGGGUUGGCUAUCCUUAUGUUAUACAUGGUAAGAAAUUGCUUUUACAUUAGUUAUUGAGGAAGGUACAUUUGUGAUCUAAAUUCUUAAGCUUUGUUGUACUGUGUUUCCUAUUUAUAAUGAUACAGGUUUUUUUAUUACCUGUACAUGCAUAAGGUAUAUAUUGUAUAAUGCGGGGCUUAGUUUGCCUUGAAUAACUCACAGAAACAGCUCUGACACUUAAUGAAUUACAAAUAAGAAAAAACGUACAUUGGAAAGUUUUAUUUAUUAAUUUAAAUUUAAGCAAUAUAAAGUUUUGUUUGCAGAUGUGUAAUAAAAAGAGUUCUGUACCCAAGCCUUAAGGUAGAUUAAUAAUUUAUAAGUUUCAUCGGUUUGUUAUAUCCGUCAGUCAUGUGGAGAGUACUGCCAACACACCAAUAUUGUCGUAAAAACUGAAAGCCAGUGAAAAUGUAUGUUGGCCAUAGCACCUCUGUCUUUGUACAUUUAGCACGAGCAGCUGUUUGGGUCCUCAAGGCCUACAUCACAAAUGGUUAAUGAUGACACUAAAAGCUAGACCCCCUCAUGGUGUUUAGAGGUGGAAGAGGAAGGAGGGGGGGAUCACCUUGGGUAUUUUCAUUUGUCAUAAGUAUUGACUGAUAUUCUGAGUAUAUCUUAUGCUUAAGACAGUUGUUAAUGUGCAAAACGUAGUGGGGGGGGGUUGAAUUAAUUUGGAAUUUGUGUAAAAAAAAAUUUAAAUUGCCAGGUCAUAGGGAUGAUAAAGUAGGGUUUACACUGUUUUUUUGUGUUUGCUAACUGGAAAGACAAAUGUGUAUCUGAAAUGGAGUGCAUCUUGUUUGCAGGCAAUCUUUUGAUGCAGUGCAGACAAUGUACAGUGCUGGUUUAAUUUUAAAAGUGCAGAUAUUGUGUUCCCAGUAGCCAGUCAUUUCAUGGAACGAUGGUAUCAUUAACACCUGUUUUGUUCAUGGAAUGGAGGCUGCUACUCCUGUUUCUUCAGAGAGUGUAGACACUGCCCAUAUCUGUGCACAUGAUACUGUAACUGUAGACAUUAUUAACAUCUGUGUACAUAAUAUUGUUCCAUAUGAAUAUUGUUAACAUGUACACAGAAUAGUGUUCCACAUGGAAGGUGUUAACAUGUGCACAUGAUAUUGUACCACGUAGACAUUAUUAACAUCGGUAUGCAUAAUACUGUUCCAUGUGAGUAUUGUUGAAAUCUGUGGCCAGGCUUUUGCACCCUUGUCAUUGUAAUUAGGUUUACAAAUCAAAUUAAUCAUUCCAAACAUAUGCUGGAAAAUAAACAAUCCAAAGUGUCUUGGAUAAUGUUUACCAACAACACAGAGUAUAAUGGCAAUAUCUCGUGCGUCAAUCAUCACACUGCUUACCUCCGUCUAUUGUGUUUUGAAGAUGAUUUUUUUUUUUUUAAUUUGUAAAAUAGUUCCCAUCACUUAUGAAGCCUUUUUAACUUUGGAAAGAUUUUAAUGUAAGGUACAGGAGCCUAUUUUAAAAUUGUCCAAAUGUGAGUAGGCCUACUGAAAAUAUAUUUCAAGCUGUCAAGAUAUACGAAUUAGAGCUAAGUACAUUUCUUUUCUUUUUUUUCUUUUUUUGUGUGGACAGUUGAAGUAUACAGGACAUCUUCCAUCACUUGUAUUAAAUGUUAUUUGUUGAUCUGUACACUUGUGUCUGUGCCGGUUAUGACGCAUGUACUGUAUGCGUUUACGGCAAAAACGAUUAUCAUUAAGGUGAAUUUAUUGUAAAUGUUAGUCAAAUUUAAUUGAUUGGAUCAUGAUUGUGAUUUUUACAGGCAAAAUAUAAUGAUAAAAAAGAAGGCAAUAGCAGGUGAUAGAAUCAGUUUGAAGAACCUGUGAUGUAGAAUAACUUCUGUGGAUCUGAUAAUAACAAUGGAUUUGUUCAUCAUGUAAAAUGUGUAAGGUAUAUCAUUCUGUAAUAGAGUAGUGUUGAUGUACAGCCAAAUAGGAAGAAAUGUGUGGUUCCACCUCCCAGUUAGCCUUGCUUUUCACCCAACCAAUCCUCUACUCAUGCUUUGGCUAAUUACGAUAAAUCAGCAAUGCCUGUUUCAGUCUUUCAAAACUACAAUGUUAAGAUUACAGUAUGUAAGAUGAUAAAUAUUUCUGUGCUAAUGGAAGUAUCAAAACCAUUUGUUUAUCAUAAUGACUUUGUAAAAUAAA